AUGACAAAACAUAACAACGCCACUUAUGAAAAGAUGACUGAAGAAGAACGGAAGCAAAAAUCAGGAGCUCUACGUAAGCAAAUAUCAGAUAUUUUUAGCCACAUCAAUAAAUUGAACCUUAAACUCCAGGGAAGAAAUCAAUUGAUUCAUGAUACUUGGGGUCAUAUCAGGGGUUUCAAACUGCAGUUAAAUCUAUUUUCCAAACAACUACUCAAGAAAGACUUCACUCAUUUUCCAAGGUUAAAAUCCAUUGCAGUUACAGAAGACAAAGUUAAGAGCUAUGAGAAACACGUAAAAUGCCUUCAUGAAGAAUAUGAACGAAGAUUCCAAGACUUCAAAGUUAUCGAACAGGACCUGGAGAUUUUUAGCAUGCCAUUUAAUUUGGAUUGUGAAUCAGUUAAACCAGAACUGCAGCUCGAACUAAUUGAGUUGCAAUGUAACACUGAAUUGAAACAACUAUUUCUCAAUGUUUCGAAGAUUGAGUUCUACAAGGCCCUGGCCCUCAAAAACAACUUUUCCAAACCUGAAAUCUCACGCUUAGAAGAUAAUUUCGAUGUAUUCCUCUUCUUACAUCUGGGAACAGCUCAUCUCAGUUUCUACCAGAUUAUGACCAACUUUUAG